AUGGCUUCCGCUUUUCGGUCAACUCGCUCUCUUCAGCUCUUCACUAGACCUCGACCCUGCCGAAUUUUGACACCCCAGCAGUUGCACUCAUAUCGCCUCAACUCUUCGACAACCGGUGAAUCUCAAAAUGCAUCAGAAACUCCCCUUCCCGCUUCAGAAAACACAACAACAUCUAACCCCGAGGCAUCUCAGCCUAAAUCGGAUGAGCAGCUGGCCAAGAAAGACGCUCAAAUUGCAGAGUACAAAGAUCUAUAUAUCCGUGCUCGAGCCGAUUAUGAAAAUCUACAAAAGAUCAGUACACGAGAGAAAUCUCAAGCCAAGGAUUACGCUAUUCAAUCUUUCGCAAAAGAUCUAGUUUCAAACAUCGAUGUUCUCAAACUCGCUCUUGACUCCGUCCCCGAAGAUUUCCGAAAACAACCUGGCUCAGAGGAAGCAGGCACGUCGUCGAAUCAGACUGAUAGCCGUAAACACCUUGCAGAUCUUUGGACCGGCGUGAGCAGUACAAAAACAUUGCUCGAAAAAACUCUUUCCCGUUUCGGUGUCACCCCAUUCGAUCCGACUGGUGAAAAAUUUGACCCCAACAAACAUGAGGCGAUGUUCCAGGCCCCUGUGCCAGGCAAAGAUCCCAAUUCGGUCCUCAGUUGCUCAAAAGUCGGAUGGAUGCUCCGAGAUCGAGUCUUACGACCUGCUCAAGUCGGAGUAGUACAAGGUUCCGAUUGA